UGGGGGGGGCGGGUUUGAGGCCUGCUCUUCCCCCUUCCCCCCCCAUCCUGCAGGGACCAGCCCGCUGGCAUCAUGCACGGCCGCCUGAAGGUGAAGACGACGGAGGAGCAGGCGGAGGCCAAACGGCAAGAGCAGGAGAAGAAGCUGAAACUCUACCAGGCGUCUACUAGUGCCAUCUUCCAGAAGCGCCAGGCGGGACAGCUGGACGAAUCGGUCCUGGAGCUGACCAGCCAGAUCCUGGGGGCCAACCCCGACUUUGCCACCCUGUGGAACUGCCGGCGGGAAGUGCUGCUGCGGUUGGAGGCCCAAAGGUCCCCCGAGGAGCUGGAGGCCCUGGUCGCCGCCGAGCUGGGCUUCCUGGAGCGCUGCCUGCGGGUGAACCCCAAAUCCUACGGCACCUGGCACCAUCGCUGCUGGCUGCUGGCCCGCCUGCCCCGGCCCGACUGGGCCCGAGAGCUGGACCUGUGCGCCCGCUUCCUGGACAGCGACGAGCGCAACUUUCACUGCUGGGAUUAUCGGCGGUUCGUGGCCAGCCGGGCGGCCGUGCCCCCCGCCGAGGAGCUGGCCUUCAGCGACAGCCUCAUCACCCGAAACUUCUCCAACUACUCGUCGUGGCACUACCGCUCCCGCUUGCUGCCCCGCCUGCGGCCCCCGCCCGACCCGCGGCCCCGCGCCCGGCUGCCCGAGGACCUGCUGCUGCGCGAGCUGGAGUUGGUGCAGAACGCCUUCUUCACUGACCCCAACGACCAGAGCGCCUGGUUCUACCACCGCUGGCUCCUGGGCCGAGCGGACUCUCAGGAUGCCGUGCGCUGCCUCCACGUGAGCCGCGACGACGCCUGCCUGACGGCCGGCUUCUCCCGGCCCCUCGCCGUGGGCCCCGGAGCCGAGCGUCUGCUGCUCGUGGCGGACGAGUCGCCCCUGGCCGUGGAGUGGAGGACCCCGGAUGGCAGGAACAGGCCCGGCAAUAUCUGGCUGUGCGACCUGCCGCCCGCCGCCCUGAACGACCAGUGGCCCCAGCACACGUUUCGCCUGCUGUGGAGAGGGGGAGACGUGCAGAAGGACUGCGUGCUCUUUAAAGGCCGCCGGGAAGGCUGGAGCAGGGACUCGGCCACGGACGAGCAACUGUUCAGGUGCGAGCUGUCGGCGGAGAAGAGCACGGUGCUGCAGUCGGAGCUGGCGUCCUGCAAGCAGCUCCAGGAGCUGGAGCCGGGCAACAAAUGGUGCCUGCUGACCAUCAUCCUCCUCAUGCGGGCCCUGGACCCCCUGGUCUACGAGCAGGAGACGCUGCGGUACUUCCAGACCCUCAAGGCGGCGGACCCCAUGCGGGCCGCCUACCUCGAUGACCUGCGCAGCAAGUUCCUGGUGGAGAACAGCGUGCUCAAGAUGGAGUACGCCGAGGUGCGCGUGCUCGACUUGGCACACAAGGACCUGACCACGCUGUGCCACCUGGAGCAGCUGCUGCUGGUCACUCACCUCAAUCUGUCCCACAACCAGCUGCGCUCUCUGCCCCCCGCCCUAGCCGGGCUGCGCUGCCUUGAGGUGCUGCAGGCCGACGGGAAUGCCAUCGAGUCCCUGGAAGGAGCCGCGAACCUGCCCCGCCUGCGGGAACUCUCGCUGGGUGACAAUCGCCUCCGGGAUCCUUCGGCCCUCGUGCCGCUGGCCUCCUGUCCCAAGCUGGCCCGCCUCGACCUGCGGGGCAACCCGCUGGCCCACGCAGCCGGGGUCGACGAGGAGCUGGCGGCUCUGCUGCCGGCGGUGGCGAGCGUCCUCACCUGAGCCCCCCGCCCGCCCGCCCGGUCCCCGGCCCCUCGGCCCCUCUCCCCCCUCGGCACUUCAACCGCUCCGGAGGCGGAGGCCGAAUAAAGGACGGAGAAGGCUCCCCGGCGGUGACGGUGGGCCUCGGCCCGGGGAGAGCCAAGGGGGUGACUAACAAUAACGGCAUCCACUAAGCGCUUACUACGGGCCGGGCGCCGUACUUCCAAGCAAAUCCGGUUGGAUGUCGUCCCGGGGGGCCC